AUGGGGGUCAACGGGAUGAUGGGGGUCAAUGGGGGAUAUGGGGGGAAUGGGGGCCACCCCUAUCCCCCCCCCCCCCCCACAACCCCCCCAGGGCUCUUUGGGCUGGUGAACAACGCGGGGGUGGCCAACCCCAUCGGCCCCACGGAGUGGAUGCGGAUUGAGGACUACAGGCGGGUGCUGGAUGUCAACACCUUCGGGGCCAUCGAGGUGACGCUGGCGCUGCUGCCGCUGCUGAAGCGGGCGCGGGGCCGCGUGGUCAACACCUCCAGCGUCCUCGGCCGCCUCUCCGCCAACGGCGGCGGCUACUGCCUGUCCAAAUACUGCAUCGAGGCCUUCUCCGACAGCCUCAGGCGCGACAUGCGGCACUUCGGGGUGAAGGUGAGCAUCGUGGAGCCCGGCUUCUUCAGGACGGCCGUCACCGACCUGGGGGGCAUCGAGCAGGCCCUGCGGGGGCUCUGGGAGCGCCUGGCCCCCGAAACGCGGCUCAGCUACGGCGAGGAUUUCUUCCACAAGUACCUGAAGGUGCAGCGGCUCAUCAUGAACCUCAUCUGCGACGGGGACCUGGGCAAGGUGACCGCCUGCAUGGAGCACGCGCUGGGCGCCCAGCACCCCCGCACCCGCUACAGCGCGGGCUGGGACGCCAAGCUGCUCUGGCUGCCCGCCUCCUACCUGCCCGCCUGCAUCGUCGACCUGGCCCUGGCCCUCAUCCUGCCCAAACCGGUGCACAGCCAGCGCUAGGUGCCCCCCCCUCGCCGGUGCCCCCCACCCCCCGUGCCGCCAAUAAAGCUCUCGCCGUGGCGCUGCGCCUUCCUGGCUGGA